AUGGAGAUUCAGAAGACUGAGGUAGCGAAGAAUCCAGAAAUCGAAUCAACUAAGAAAAAUCAAUCCGAGGAAGUAGAACACUGCGAGGAGCAACAUGAACAAGGAGCUCAAGUAGCCGAAGAAGAUGAAGAUGAAUUGCGAAAUCUGUUGCUUUCAGACAUUGGAGAUCUUCCAAUUUGUCCUCCUUCAGCUACGCAAAUCAAUUUCGUUUCUUACUUCAUCACAGAUUUUACGAAACCGGGUCAUGAUCAUUAUAUCUACCGUCACGCUAAUGGUUUGUGUGUGAUUGGAUUAGCUCCUACACAUGUUGCUUUUAAGGACGAAGGUGGAAUCACUGACAUCGAUUUCAAUGUCGGUAAGUCUGAUCGUAGUGUCUUGAAAGUCUCCGGCAAGCGUAAAAAGAAUGCGAUGCGAUCUGAAUCGAAUACAGCAUUGUGCAAAGUUUCUACUGCAAAUGAUUCUUAUAUUGUGAGGUGCUGUGUUAAAGGGUCUCUCCUGGAGGUGAACGAGAGAUUAAUCAAGCAACCACAGCUUCUUAAUUCAUCGGCUGAACGCGAAGGAUAUAUUGCGAUAAUCAUGCCAAGACCUGCAGAUUGGACCAAAAGCAAGGAAUCACUGAUAACUUUGGAGGGAUAUAAAGAAAAGAAACAACUGUCGUUAUGA